AUCGAACGUCGACUCCCCUUGGCUCUCCUUUACUUUGUUAAUUGCGUCCACCAGUGUCUUAGCAUCUGUUUCAAAAACACAUCUGCUCGAUCUCCAUUCCUUUGUCCAGGAGAGUGCUUCUCGCAUGCUCAAAGCCUCAGCAAUUCGUGGUUGAUGUCCAACCUGUACCUUCCUACUCCUUGCUCGAACAAAUUGACCAUUUUUAAUCAUUUUUAACUAUAAAAAAACACACACAUAACCCAACAUACUGACUUUGACAAAACACGAUAAAAACCCCUCUCUUUCCCAUUAUACCCCUCUGUCAUUCUCUCUCUCUCACACUCACUGUGUGUUAAUGGAGAACCAGAAGCGACCGGAGCAACCGACGACGGCGGCGAGAAAGAGCCUCAAGAGAAAGCUCGAGGAGGAGUUCGUCGAAGAUCGUGAUGAGUUUUGUGUCGCGGAGCAAGAUCUGGUGCGAGAAGUGGAGGCGCAAGUUGAGAUUUUGAACGCUUGUAGGACUUCGACUGAGGCGGAUCGAGCUGCGGCGAAGCGCGCGAUUCAUGUUGUUUCUGAAUAUGCGAAAAUCGAGGAGUACGUGAACUUGAUUGUAAAGACAGGAGUAGUUACUGUGUUGGUGAAGCAUCUUGAGGCGCCACCAGAAUUAGAGGAUGGACAGCAGCCGUAUGAGCAUGAAGUUGAAAAAGGAAGUGCGUUUGCACUCGGACUUCUGGCCGUGAAGCCAGAGCAUCAACAACUCAUAGUUGAUGCUGGAGCACUUCCCCAUCUUGUGAGCAUUUUGAAAAAGCACAAGGGUGGUCAAAGUUCUCGAGCACUCAUUGGUGCUAUAAGGAGAGCAGCUGAUGCAAUCACCAAUCUUGCUCAUGAGAAUAGCCGCAUUAAAUCACGUGUCAGGACUGAACAUGGCAUCCCUCCCCUCGUUGAAUUGCUCGAGUUUCCUGACCCGAAGGUGCAGAGAGCAGCUGCUGGGGCCUUGAGGACUCUUGCUUUUAAGAAUGAUGAAAAUAAAAAUCAGAUUGUUGAGUGUAAUGCGUUACCUACCCUUAUUUUGAUGCUUCGUUCUGAGGAUAUGUCCAUACAUUAUGAAGCGGUUGGUGUAAUUGGGAAUCUAGUCCACUCAUCCCCGAACAUUAAGAAAGAAGUUCUUCAGGCUGGUGCUUUGCAGCCUGUUAUAAGGUUACUAAGCUCCUGCUGUUCAGAGAGCCAAAGAGAAGCUGCUUUGCUCCUUGGGCAAUUUGCUGCUACUGAUACAGACUGCAAGGUACACAUUGUUCAAAGAGGUGCUGUUGGCCCACUAAUUGAGAUGCUUCAGUCGCAAGAUGCUCAACUAAAAGAAAUGUCAGCCUUUGCACUAGGGAGAUUGGCACAGGAUACACACAACCAAGCCGGUAUCGCCCAAAGUGGUGGUAUAGUGCCAUUGCUAAACCUUCUUGAUUCAAAAAUUGGAUCACUGCAGCAUAAUGCAGCAUUUGCUCUGUAUGGACUUGCAGAUAAUGAGGAUAACGUCGGGGAUCUUAUUGUGGUCGGAGGAGUUCAGAAACUUCAGGCUGGAGAAUUUCUUGUCCAACCAACAAGGGAUUGUGUUUCAAAGACACUGAAGAGAUUAGAAGAGAAAAUUAAUGGACGAGUGCUGAGCCAUUUGUUGUACCUGAUGCGGGUUUCUGAGAGACCUAUUCAAAGAAGAAUUGCCCUGGCUCUUGCUCAUCUGUGUUCACCUGAUGAUCAAAGCUCAAUUUUUGUUGAUAACAGCGGACUGGAUUGUCUUUUAGAACUUUUAUUGUCAUCAGAUUUGAAACUUCAACGUGUUGCGUCGGUGGCUUUACACAAGUUGGCUGAUAAAGCCCGCUCACUUUCUCCGGUAGAUGCAGGUCCUGCAUCCCCAAUCUCACAGGUCUACUUGGGGGAGCAGUUUGUUAACAAUUCUACUUUGUCAGACGUUACCUUCCUAAUAGAAGGUAAGCGGUUUUUCGCCCAUAGGAUAUGCCUUCUUGCUUCUUCUGAUGCAUUCCGAGCAAUGUUUGAUGGUGGUUACAGGGAAAGGGAUGCCAAGGAUAUAGAGAUUCCAAAUAUUAGGUGGGAAGUGUUUGAGCUGAUGAUGAGAUACAUAUACACAGGAUCAGUUGGUGUGAGCCUGGAUGUGGCACAGGAUCUUUUGAGAGCUGCCGAUCAGUAUCUUUUAGAUGGCCUUAAGCGUCUGUGCGAGUGUACUAUUGCACAAGAUAUAUCCGUUGAAAAUGUCUCGCUAAUGUAUGAUUUAUCAGAGGCCUUCAAUGCCAUGUCAUUGAGGCACACUUGCAUUCUUUUUGUAUUGGAGAAGUUCGACAACUUGAUCGCAUUCCCCGGGUAUUUUGACCUCAUACGCCGUGUUUUACCGGAGAUGCGCAACUACUUCGUAAGAGCACUUACUAGACCUAUCCAAGCUUGAUUGGCAGUGUAAAACUUGCCUGGUGCCCUAAGUGUUGGUUGGUUGAUUAGAAUACUAACCAGGAGAGAGAGAUUGUAUAGAACGUGCCUGUUCCUUUGUAACCCUUGAAGCAAGGGACGGAGGAAACUCGGUGGUUAGUCUUAAUUUGGAACUACAUUUCUAACCCUUGAAGAGAUUGUAUUGUGUUUCUAACUUUCUUCUUAUGUGAAUUCCAUAUUCUAA